AUGUCUAACACUAAAGAGCCGGCUGAUAAACAACUCGAAGAUUUUAAAAAAUCUGUUGAGAAUACUGGAGUUAUCAGGACUGGGAAUGGAGCGCCAGUUGAUGAUCUUACUAAUUCAAUUCAAGCUGGAGUAAAUGGACCAUUGUUGAUACAAGAUCAUACUCUCUUAGAUGAAAUUUCACAUUUUGACCGUGAACGUAUUCCAGAACGAGUUGUACAUGCCAAAGGAGGAGGUGCAUUUGGUUACUUUGAAGUAACACAUGAUAUUUCAAAAUACUGUAAGGCUGAUGUCUUUUCAAGCAUUGGAAAACAAACUCCUGUUGCCGCAAGAUUUUCAACUGUUGGUGGAGAGAGUGGAUCAGCUGAUACUGUUAGAGACCCAAGAGGUUUUGCUGUAAAGUUUUAUACUGAAAAUGGAAAUUGGGAUUUAGUUGGUAACAAUACACCAAUAUUUUUUGUAAGGGACCCAAUUUUAUUUCCAAGUUUUAUUCAUACCCAAAAGAGAAAUCCAGUUACCCAUUUAAAGGAUGCAAAUAUGUUUUGGGACUUUUUGACUCUUCGUCCUGAGUCAUUACACCAGGUAAUGAUAUUGUUCUCAGAUCGUGGAAUCCCAGACGGAUAUCGUCAUAUGAAUGGUUACGGAUCUCAUACGUUUAAAAUGGUCAAUGCUAGUGAUAAAGCAGUUUACGUUAAAUUUCAUUUCAAGACUGAUCAAGGUAUUAAAAAUUUGGAUGUUAAAAGAGCUCGUGAUCUUGCUGCUGAUGACCCAGAUUAUUCAAACCGUGAUUUAUUCAAUGCUAUUGCUAAUGGCAACCACCCUACCUGGACCCUCUAUAUACAAGUGAUGACAUUUGAAGAAGCUGAUGCUAAUACAUUUAAUCCUUUUGAUAUUACAAAAGUUUGGUCACACGCUGAUUUUCCAUUAAUACCAGUUGGCAAACUAGUGUUGAAUCGUAAUCCCACUAACUAUUUUGCUGAUAUUGAACAAAUUGCUUUCAGCCCAGCGCACAUGGUGCCUGGUAUUGAACCUAGUCCUGAUAAACUUCUUCAGGCACGCUUAUUUUCUUAUAGUGAUACACAUCGUCAUCGUUUAGGAGCUAACUAUUUGCAGUUACCUGUAAAUUGUCCGUACCGUACAAAAGUCACCAACUAUCAACGCGAUGGACCUCAAGCUUAUGAUAAUCAAGGGUCUGCACCAAACUAUUAUCCCAAUAGUUUUUCUGGACCAGAACAGCAACCUCACUUUAAUAUGUCGUCAUUCAAUGUUUCUGGUGCUGUUGCAAAGUAUGACUCAAGUAAUGAUGAUAACUAUACCCAAGCAGGCUUACUUUAUAGAAACGUUUUACCUAAAGAUGAACAAACUAGAUUGGUAGAAAAUAUAACAGACAACUUAAAACAUGCUGCUGAUUUUCUACAAGAAAAAGCAAUUUAUCAUUUCACUCGAAUUGACGACGGCUUAGGUAAACAACUAAGAGAAAAUUUGAAGUUGGCCAAGUGUUCAAAAGCAAAUCUUUAA